AAAUACAGACACUACAAAUUUGUGUGGAAAUGAAGAUCUUGCUUGUUUUUAACGUUGACAGCACUGACAGUGAUAAAGUACUUUGGCAUUACUUGUGAUUUUAACAACAUCAGUUGUCACUGAAAUAACUUUUCUGCAGUAUAAGUGCUGUUCUGCCUUCUACUUAUAGGUUGAAUUCAUUAAGAAACAUCAUCAAAUCUGCAGCUAAAGCUAAUUACCAAAGCCUUUCAGUGUGGUUGAGGUCAAUUUUCUCGUGCAGAACUAUUCCAGUGUCAGUCGUGAAAUUUAAAAAGAAAAAAAAAAUCACAGUAAAACUUCACAGCUGCUCCGCCACUGAUUUGCUGUAUGGUAAGACAAGUCAGAACAUUCAGCUUCUAUUUCUGACAAAAUUCUUGAAACUGCUGAUGGUGAAGUCCAUGAGAGUGAAUGAAGUUCAUUGUUAGCAGUGCUGGUUCAACGGCACAUGAUAGAGGAAGUAUUUUCUGCAGAGUGCAUGCUGUGAAUAAGACAACGUAGGCUUUAAACACAUUUUUUUAAGCUUUGUAAAUUUGUAGUCGGUUUUAAUACAUCCUAGCAGAUUAUACUUAAGGUUGUAGUGAAUUUGUAUCUUUUCAACUUUGAAAAUAUUUUCGCCUGCGUUUGUUCCAUGCAGACUAUAUUCCUUGAGGCUAAUUAUUUAGUCACUUCAAACUUGGCAUUCAUUCCUUAAAUAAACAUCUGCUGAGCAACAUCAGUAACAUGAAUUAUCAGGAGCCAAAUAAAAUUUAUUAGAAUAAUCUCCCAUAUGUUUUAAUUGGCUGUAAUGUUCCCGUUGUCUUCAAUCCUUCAAGCAGUUAUUCUUACCCCAAGUCUAAUAAUCUUACACAAAUUUAUUUUCUCUGGACACAUUUCUUUGGCUGCUAUCAUCAGCCACGAGUUAGUUAACUCAUCAUUAGUGAAUUACUUUCUUUGCUUGGGUCAGAAAUGGAAGCAUUUUAAAUGUUUGAAUAGCUAAAACUUGCUUUGGAUAAUGUCUGAUGAGACAUCUUAUUUUAAAUUUUCUAAAUUUUCUGGCCACUGCUUUACUGUGAAUUGCGGGUAUUUGUGAUGAGUGCUCGGUCUGACAAUGUUGGCAUAUAUUGUAUUCUUUUAGCAUAACCACGUUGUUUCUGCAUAAUAAGUGAAAUGCUUUGCCACCGAAUUCAGUAACAAAACAUUUCACUUCCAUUGUGCCUUUAAAAAGUGUGACAUUUAAGUCUGUUUUUCUCUUCUUGUUUUGACGUGAUGAGUAAGUACUGGUAAUUUAAAAAUUUAAAUAUUGUGGUGCAGCAGUACAUGCGGUACUUGAAGCGCUGUUGAGUUAGAAGUGGGAACUGUGCUCAGCAGCAGUACCGAGAAAUGAGAGGGGCACCUACAGUCUCGGUUGCAGCUACAGAAAUCUGCGGCUGGAGUAUAAAAGCAUCCGUAAGCAGUACUUGAAUAAAUGAGCAUGGAUAUAUUCCAGUAAUACCUUCUGGACACUGCAAUGUGGAUUUCAUGUAAUUUUCACAUAUCAUAAAAUAAUACUCUUAAAAAACUUUUCGCCCCAACCGUUUAAAAAAUCAGUGUUAGUCCAUUACUAAGAAUGGUAAAAACUAUUGUGAGUUCAAACCUAAACAAAAAAACUGGGCCUGUAUAAUGGCCGUAUGUUGCCAGUCCCUGGUUUUGUCUAGUGUUUUUGUGUUUUCAGUCACAUUGAUUAAUGUAUUAUGUUUGUUUUGGAUUUAUUAAUUUCUGUCUUAUAUUAUUUCCUUUUUUCCAUUUGCUUUAGGUUUAAUUUAUUUACCCUUUCUUUCCUGAUUCUUAGCUUAAAUAAUUGAUUUAAGACUCUUCUUUUCUAGCACAUGUGUCAUUGGAUGCAUUUCUCUGUAAUACCUGUAGCUGCAUCUCAUACAUUUUGAUUCAUUGUGUCUUCAUUUUGAUUCCAUUCAAAAUAUGCUGUAGUUUCUUUUGUGACGUUGGCCCAUUGGUGGCUUGGAAGAUGUUGGUUAACUUCCAAAUGUUUGGAGAUGGUCCAGGUCUCUGCCUUUCCCUAGGAAAAGGAGGAGAAAAUGAUCAAGUUCCAGGAGCCAGUGAUGUUCACGGACGUGGCUGUGGUCUUCAGCGAGGAGGAGCUCCGGCUGCUGGACGCCCCCCAGAGGCAGCUCUACCGAGACGUGAUGCUGGAGAACUUCCGGAACCUGCUGUCAGUGGGGAAUCAGCCCUUCAAACCAGAGCUUAUAUUCCAGCUGGAGAGAGAAGAAAAGCUUUUAAUGCUGGAGACAGAAGCCCAGAGAGAUGAGUGUUCAGGAACCAAGAGUCAAUAUAAUAUGGAGAAUACCCAAGAAGUGGGAUUAAACUAUCUUUUCCCCAAAGAGCUUUCUUCCUGGCAGACCUGGCAACAAGGUGCAGGCGGUUUAACAAGGUGUCAAGAUUCCAUGAAAAGUUACCAAGGGACUAUUUCUCGGUUGCAAAAGCAAGGUGGUUCCACCUGCCAGGUUUGGACAGGAAUACCAAUUCAGAUUUCUGAAGAUGAGCACUAUAUAUUGACUCAUAUAGGAGAUGGUUCCAAUUCCCUGAACAAUCAAGAAUAUCCGUCUUGGAGAGCCCAGCAUUCUUGGAGGAAAACUUAUCUGACCAAAUUACAUAAUUAUCAGUGUAGAUGUCAGCAAAUUUCCAUGAAAAAUAAUUUCUCUAAGUGUGACAGCUUUAGUUGGAUCUCACAUCACAAUGAUAAUCUGGGAGUACACAGAGGAGAAAAAAACUCCAGCUGCCAUGACUGUGGAGAAGACAUUGUGAAGGUUGCAUUGCAUAAUCAAAACUUAAUUCAACUGGGGCAAAAGCCCUACCUCUAUGCUAAAUACAGAAAAACUUUCAGUGAUGACUCUAGCUCUGAAGUUCAUCAGCAGUUAAACUUAGCAGGAAAGCCCCAUGCAUACAGUCCAUGUGGAAAGGGCUGCAGUUAUACCUCAGUUCUCCAUAUUAAUCAAAGUGUUCAUCAUAGGGGAGAUGAUUGUGUUUUUGAACGUUCACAUCUGCAGUCCCAUCAGAAAGUGCGUACUGAGAAGAAGCCAUGUAGGUGGAGAUACGGUGAGAACUUUAGUCAGUGCUCUUCUCUUAAUACUUAUGAACUUAUUCAUGCAGAAGGGAUGUCCUAUAAAAACAGCAUUUAUGAGAAAGCAUUUGGUCAUAGCUUAGACCUUAAUGGUAUUUUUAGGGUCCAUACUGGCAAGGAACCCCAUGAAUAUGAGAAGAAUGGGAAUGUCUUUAAUCAGAGGUCUUAUCUUGAAGUCCAUCAGAAAAUCCACACUGAAGAGAAACUGUACACAGAUGUGGAGUGUGAGAAGGGUUUCAUCUGUAGCUCAAAUCUUAACAUUCGGCAUGGGGUUCACAUGGAAGAGAUUCCCUGUAAUUCUGAGGAAUGUGGUAAUGGCUUUAGUCUGGCCUCACAUAUUCAGGACCCUCAGAUAGUCCACACUAGGGAACAACCAUGUAAACACUAUGCAUGUGGUAGCAGCUUCAGCCAAAAUUCACAUCUUCAAAGCCAUCAGAAAAUUCACAUUGGAGAGAAACCUUAUAAGGAGUGUGGGAAUGGCUUCAGUUGGAGUUCAAAACUUAAAGAUCAUCCGAGAGUCCACACUGGAGAGAAGCCAUACAAAUGCAAUGCAUGUGGUAAAGGCUUCAGUCAUAGAUCAGUUCUCAACGUUCAUCAGAGAGUCCACACAGGAGAGAAGCCUUAUAAAUGUGAAGAGUGUGAUAAGGGCUUCAGUCGGAGUUCAUACCUUCAAGCCCAUCAGAGAGUCCACACUGGAGAAAAACCAUACAAAUGUGAGGAGUGUGGGAAAGGCUUCAGUCGCAAUUCAUACCUUCAAGGCCAUCAAAGAGUUCACACUGGAGAAAAACCAUACAAGUGUGAAGAGUGUGGUAAGAGAUUCAGUCGGAGUUCGCACCUUCAAGGUCAUCAGAGAGUCCACACUGGAGAAAAACCAUUCAAAUGUGAGGAGUGUGGGAAGGGCUUCAGUUGGAGCUUUAAUCUUCAAAUUCACCAAAGGGUUCACACAGGAGAGAAACCCUAUAAAUGUGGAGAAUGUAGUAAGGGCUUCAGUAAGGCCUCAACUCUUCUGGCCCAUCAACGAGUCCACACAGGAGAGAAGCCAUACCAGUGUGAUGAGUGCGGUAAGAGCUUCAGUCAGAGAUCAUACCUUCAAAGCCAUCAGAGUGUUCACACUGGAGAGAGACCAUAUAUAUGUGAGGUGUGUGGGAAGGGCUUCAGUCAGAGAGCCUACCUUCAAGGUCACCAGAGAGUCCACACUAGAGUGAAACCAUAUAAAUGUGAGAUGUGUGGGAAGGGCUUUAGUCAAGGCUCACGCCUUGAAGCACAUCGGAGGGCCCACAUAGGAGGGAAACCAUACAAAUGCGAGGUGUGCACGAAGGGCUUCAGUGAGAGUUCACGCCUUCAAGCACAUCAGAGGGUCCACACAGAAGGGAGGCCCUAUAAAUGUGAACAGUGUGGUAAGGGGUUCAGUGGGUUUUCCAGUCUUCAAGCCCAUCACAGAGUCCACACUGGGGAAAAACCAUACAAAUGUGAGGUGUGUGGGAAGGGCUUCAGUCAGAGAUCAAACCUUCAGGCUCAUCAGAGAGUCCACACAGGAGAGAAACCAUACAAAUGUGAUGCAUGUGGUAAGGGUUUCCGUUGGAGCUCCGGUCUUCUGAUUCAUCAGAGAGUCCAUAGUGGUGAUAAAUUCUAUAAAAGUGAAGAGUAUGGUAAGGAUUACCCUUCAUCAGAGAAUCCAUACAGAAAUGAGCUUGUGUGAAAUGGUGUUCUAUUUUGUUUUGAAGUCCUCAAAUGGGAGCUGAAAUUUUCCGUUCACUGAAAUUCUUAUAGCAGAAAAAAGUUUUUUUAAUGAAAAUACAAUCUCUCUGCCCAACCUCAACAUUCACAAUAGGCAAGAGACCAUGCAGAGGGAAUACCUACUAAGGGAUUCCCUAAGGGAUUUUGUCAGAAGUCUUAACAGCAGUCAUUGCACAUGACUUUUUUUGGUCAUUGCACUAGGGCUUAUAAAAGAUAAGAGUAUGGUCAGGAAUUUAACAACUGUACAAUGAAGAGCAUGUCUAGACCCAGUCUGCUAAGGAGAAGGGGUUUCACUCAUUGCUAAGUCUACAAGACCGUGAUAUUGCAUAUCCCAGGCACCUGCCUCAGCACCUUUUACUAAAUGACUUAAAGUGUGUAAAGGUAUAUUUCAAAUUUUUCUUCAGCUUAUUUCCCAAAAUAAAUCAUUUAGAAAUGUAUUUGGAAGAGGAAUCCCGAAAAUAUCCUUAAUAUAAUCACUUCAGAUAGAGAAAUGUCAUUUGAAAUAUAGAAAGAACAUCAAGCAAUAUUGCAGCCUGAAAUUACAUGAAUUUGGUUUUAACCCUGUUGGGAUUUGCUCCCAUCUUUUCUCCCACCUUUAUCGCAGAGAUGAGCUGAAUUUCUUACCAUUUGGUCUCCUUCAUAUAAUAUACCAUCAGCUUAAGUUUAGCUUUGUGUGUGUGUAUGUGUGUGUGUGUGUACGUGUAUGCACUUUAAAUGGCACAAACUGAUGAAUAAGGUUUCUGGUUAACUUUCCAAAAAUGGAAAUACUGCAUUUUACAUAAUUGAAUUUUUAUUCCUGCCUUGCGUGUUUAAGACAGAGUUUUACUAUAAUAUUUGGAAAGUGUCAGAAAUGGUUACCAAUACAAAAUGCUUUCUUAAUAAAUGUCAAAACUACAA